CGUAAAGCGUGAACCACUUUUUCAAUCCAUUCGUCAAACCCAAAAAAAUCAAAGAGAGAGAAAAACGAAAACAAGCUUCAGCGUCAGCCACCUGCUUAUAGUUCAACCAUUUGCGUAUCGUUGUAUUUACUUUUGAUUCUUCCCGGUCGCACGGUCAAGCCCGCCCUCCUAUAAAUAUGGCGCUCUAAUACGCCGACGAACAAUUCAAAACUCCUUGUCGUUUACUCCACCUUCGUUGUCAUAUAGGCGCUCUUAAUUCUCUCCUCUUCUCUGUUCCGAAUUCAAUUCACAACUCUCUUCUCCGAAUCGGAAUCUGCUUCUUCCAUAAGCUCGUCGGAUAUAUCAUCGAGUUCUGAUCAUCAUGGGGGCCAAGAUCGUGACAGGUGAAGCUGGUUAUGUGCUCGAGGAUGUUCCUCAUUUAUCCGAUUAUAUCCCCGAUCUUCCUACUUAUCCUAAUCCAUUGCAAGAUAAUCCUGCGUAUUCUGUUGUGAAGCAAUACUUUGUGGAUGACGACGAUACUAUUACUCAGAAAAUUGUUGUUCACAAAAACACUCCAAGAGGGGUACAUUUUCGGCGUGCGGGACCCCGUCAAAAGGUUUAUUUUGAAUCCGAUGAAGUUCAUGCUUGUAUUGUCACAUGUGGGGGUCUUUGUCCCGGGCUUAACACGGUUAUUAGAGAAAUCGUGUGUGGCUUGAAUUACAUGUAUGGUGUAAAGAGAGUUCUCGGUAUCGAUGGAGGAUACAGGGGUUUCUAUGCGAAAAAUACUAUUUCUUUAACUCCUAAGUCGGUGAAUGAUAUUCAUAAACGUGGUGGAACCAUCCUUGGCACAUCAAGAGGAGGCCAUGACACCUCCAAGAUAGUCGACAGCAUUCAAGAUCGAGGAAUAAAUCAGGUUUACAUAAUUGGAGGAGAUGGAACUCAGAGGGGUGCAUCUGUAAUUUUUGAGGAAGUCAAAAGGCGGGGUCUCAAAGUUGCAGUCGCCGGAAUUCCCAAAACCAUUGAUAAUGACAUUCCCAUUAUUGACAAGUCAUUUGGUUUUGAUACUGCUGUUGAAGAGGCUCAACGUGCUAUUAAUGCAGCACACGUUGAAUCUGAAAGCUUUGAAAAUUGCAUUGGUCUUGUGAAGUUGAUGGGUCGCUACAGUGGGUUUAUUGCCAUGUAUGCAACUCUUGCAAGCCGAGAUGUCGAUUGUUGCUUAAUUCCAGAAUCACCCUUUUACCUUGAAGGCCCCGGGGGACUUUUCGAAUACAUAGAGAAACGACUCAAGGAAAAUGGGCACAUGGUUAUUGUCGUAGCAGAAGGUGCUGGCCAAGAGCUUCUUUCUGAGAGCAUUCACUCAAUGACGAAAGAGGAUGCUUCGGGAAACAAGCUUCUCAAAGACGUUGGGCUAUGGAUUUCCCAGCAAAUCAAGGAUCAUUUUGCAAAGAAAAAUAAAAUGACAAUAAACCUCAAAUAUAUAGAUCCUACUUACAUGAUCCGAGCGAUUCCCAGCAACGCCUCUGAUAACGUGUACAGCACACUUCUUGCUCAAAGUGCUGUUCAUGGAGCAAUGGCAGGUUACACUGGCUUUACAGUUGGGCUUGUCAAUGGAAGACAAUCUUACAUACCAUUUUAUAAAAUCACGGAGAAGAUGAACAAAGUUGUGAUAACGGAUAGAAUGUGGGCAAGGCUUUUAUCUUCGACAAACCAGCCAAGCUUUUUGAGUGUCAAAGACGUUAUUGAGGACAAGAAAGACGAAGAACCGCCCCAACAACAAGUGUUGGAUGAGGAAAGUUGUUUAGACGACAAUCUGGUGAACAAAGAAAAUAGUUUCAUAUGAUUGGGAUCAGUAUUUUGUAAUGCUCUGCAGAUUAUUCUGUGAUGUCAUUUGCUCUAUAGCGUAGUACGAGUUAUAUAGUUCUUGUAUGUGCUCUCUGACCCUGCCGUAAUUUGGUAGUUUAUUUUUUUUCUGGGGCUUGUAUUUAUUUACACGAGAUGCCUCCAGAAA